AUGGCGACUAGCGCUGGCGGAGGUCAGCCGAGCGUUCUGAGCACAUUACCGAAGAAUCUGCCGUUAGACUUUCUGAAAACCAUCACCGACCAGUUCUCAGAGGCGCGUAAAAUCGGUACAGGCGCAUUUGGAACCGUUUAUAUGGGACAUAUGCCGGAUGGCCAAAUAAUUACCGUGAAGAAACUCGCGGACAAUUCGCCAAUCGCGCGCGACAAAGCAUUUGCUAACGAGGUUCAGAAUAUUAUGGCUCUCCACCAUGAAAAUGUACUGAAGUUGGUCGGCUACUGCCAUGAAGGUCAAAAGAAAGUGGUGCUGAACAACGGAAGAUAUAUUGUGGCUGACAUUGUUGAGAGUUUACUUUGCCAUGAGUACUUACCACUGGGAAGCCUUCAGAAACAUUUAUAUUUGAAAGUACAUACAAAAAUGGACUGGAACAUACGCUUCAACAUAAUUAAGGGGAUUUGCAAUGGUUUGCACUUUGUACACAGCAUUCCUAUUGUCCAUAUGGAUCUCAAGCCGGAAAACAUACUGUUGGAUGAUAACAUGGUGCCGAAAAUCGCCGAUUUCGGUCUCUCCAGACUCUUUGGUCAAGAACAAACACGGAUGAACACACAGAAUGUUGUUGGGUCAUAUGGAUACAUAGCUCCGGAAUAUCUAUACAAAGGUGAAAUCUCCACGAAGUCAGACAUAUACAGUUUAGGCCUACUAAUCAUGGAGACUACCACGGGAGAGAAGAAUUGUCCAGGCAAAGAACCGUCGGCAGUGCAGUUCAUAAAAAAUGUACGUGAAAAUUGGAAAGAGCAGCGCAUCGCAUCCGAGUACCCAUUGUUAGAUGCGGAUGGCCUCCAACAAGUAAAAAAAUGCAUCGAAAUAGGACUGGAAUGUGUUGAGAUUGAUCGGCUGAAGAGACCAUCCAUAGAAACAAUUCUCGACAAGCUAAACGGACGAUGUGCAUCCAUCAGAAACUAA